CGCGCUGUGAGCAGAGGGGAGUGAAGGGAGGCGGAGGUACACACAGCGGCUUCGGCGCCAGCUCCAGCCCUAGCUCUAGCAGCGCUGCCGCCGACCCCUCCGCCGCGGUGCUGUCGUCCGAGUCCCGCCGCCGGGUCAGCGUGCUUCUUCCGUCGCCUGUGAGCCUGGGGAACCUGCAGCUCAAAGCCGCCGCCAGCCACAGCACCAUGUACCCCGGGAACAAACGGAAAAAGAUCUGGAGGGAAGAGAAAGAACGUUUGUUGAAGAUGACACUGGAGGAGAGGCGUAAAGAGUAUUUACGGGAUUAUGUUCCUCUGAAAGAUAUCCCAACAUGGAUGGAAGAAAUGAAAAGCAAGGCUCAGAGUGAUGAAGAAAACACUAAAGAAGCUUUGCCAGUGCAGAAAAGUCUGAGUGAGAAAGUCUCCCUCUACAGAGGCGAUAUCACGGUGCUUGAGAUUGAUGCCAUAGUUAAUGCUGCUAAUGCAAGUCUUCUUGGAGGUGGCGGUGUUGAUGGCUGCAUACAUAGAGCAGCUGGGCCUUGCCUAUAUGCUGAAUGUCGCAACCUGGGUGGUUGUCAAACUGGACAAGCAAAAAUCACUUGUGGCUAUGACCUGCCUGCAAAAUAUGUCAUUCAUACUGUGGGACCUAUAGCACGAGGGCAUAUUAGCGAUAGUCAUAAAGAAGACCUGGCAAACUGCUAUAAAAGCUCUCUGAAACUGGCGAAAGAAAAUCUCAUCAGAUCUAUUGCAUUCCCGUGUAUUUCAACAGGAAUUUAUGGUUUUCCAAACGAGCCCGCUGCAAGCAUUGCACUCACUACAAUCAAGGAAUGGUUAAGCAAGAAUUAUCAUGAGACAGAGUGCAUAUAUUGAAAACUACUCUGUGACUUGUAGUGCUGGUGUUGUGGUCCGUGUUGCCUUCCAAGGUUUUGCUCACAAGGCCUGUUUCGUCACAUGUGCGAUAUGGGACUUUCUGCUUCUGAACUUCACUCCAGCUCUGGUUGGGAGAUGGAGAAGGCAGACCUGUGAUACUCUGAACGUGUGUUCCAGCACAGUGAAAUCUGCACUAGUGUUGCAAGUUCAGCAUUCGAUCUAAUGAUCAGCUACUCAAGGUAGCAAAUACUUAGUACUUUCUUUACAGGCAGAAUACUGAUUUAUUUAAAAAUGCCUAUAUGGCAUUCUGCCACAAAUAGAUCCAAAAGCAAGGUAUAUAUGCAAACUAUACUAAUAUAAUUAAACCAUAUUACUGUUUUUAAAAAAUCCUAUCACAAGAUGUCUUGUUAAACCCUGUUUACCUUGGAAGAAUAAAGCAACUAAACUUCCAUAAAACACUACAGUAUAAUCUUAAGGGUGUCAUUUUGUCUGCUCUAAUUAAUCUGACAAGUGCAUGCUGUUAAACUGGAUGAGUACACGGAAGGAAAAUGAGAGAAUAACUAAAAUAAUCAAGAUAAUUUUAAAUAUAAGGUCACCAGUGGGUUUUGUCAGAGUUGAAAUUAUUCAGGGUUUCUAUUUCCACAUGUUUGAAUUAGCAGUGAUUGGCUAGUACAGUUAAAGAGUAUACCGGUGAGUAAUUGUUUUACUCUUGCUUAGUUCUAAGAUACGGGAUUAGGUCAGUUUAUUUGAAUUGUUUAAUUCAGUGUUGUAUGGAAUGAUUGGUGUUUGUUAUUAUGCACUUAAUUACGGACACACUGGGCAAUUGUAAUUCUUGCUAUUAUGUUGUUUGAUUUUUUAAAUAUUUGUUUAUUGUUGCUGUUGUAAGCCACAGCGGGCAUAGUCUUGUGGAAAAGCUGCAUACAAAUAAAUGGAUGAUGGGAAUGGAGGUUAUUAUCAUAAUUACCAAAAGCAUUUUACUUGUUUGUUUGUAUGACUUGAGAAAAAAUUAUCAUGGUUAGAGCAGAACAGGAGAGUGGGUUGAACCUGAAGAGGCACACAUGCAUAGUAAGAGUCCAACAUUCAUAUAUGGGAUCGUGCCUACCUUGCACUAGAGUGAAUAUAGCCCUCAGCGUGCAUUUGGCCAUUUGGGAAGCUGUCCUGGGCAUGGCAGCCACACCACAGCUGAAAAAAGGCCUGUGCCUCUCCCUGGGUUCCCAGAACUCCCAUCCAUCUUCUUCAUGUUUUCCUUCUCCUUCUCCUCAAGUCCUGAUGCCUUGAGAUGCUCAUCAAGAGUGACAGCCAGCUUCACUCACUCCAUGGCUGUCCCAUAGCAAUUCAUCAGGACUACUCCAAAUUCAAAGAGUGAUUGGGUCAUUUUGCUCUGGUUUAUAUCCCCUCCCCCCCAAAAAAAGCAUGUCACAAUUUCAAAAGGAGGUAUAAGGCUGUAAUCCUAUACACAUUCACCUGAAAUAUUUUCUAUUGAGAUUAGUGUGGGAUACAUGUAAAUAUAUUUAGCCUUCACUCCUGGAUAGUCAAUACAAAAUAAGCAAACAACUUUGCAAGAUUGUUAACAAAGCAUCACUUUAGAGAUAGAUAUAAACGUUAUGGCAUGCUAAAUGCAGGACUCAGCAUAGCGGAAACAAUUUAUACAGAAGGUAGGCCAUCAUAAGCAUUACAGACAAAAGCCCAGCAAUACCAGGCUCCCACGGGAAAGCUACAGGGUAAAUAAUGAUUUGUAUUUAGUUGUUCUUUACAAAUCGCUUUGGUCUGGUCUUGAAAUGCAGCCCUUAGCGGAACUAAUUUCUGGCCCAUGUUUUACACUAAAGUCUGCUGACUUGCAGCUGGAGGGUAAAUUGAGUUUGGAACUUAGUAAAUGGCAGUAUACCCUAACUAGAGAAAUCCUUUGUAUGGAAUCCACGAGAAUGGCGAUCGUCAGCAGUAUUGGACUAAUUCACUGCUGCUGCCAUGGUUAUCUCUUUCGUAAACUAUAUUUUCACAUUUUACAAAAUGCUCGGAAGGUUUAAUAGAAUCCUUCAGCUCGCACAAUACAAUGCGGUCCCAACCUACAGGAAAUUAUCCCGCAGGAAUUCAUUUAAGAAAGGCAUAUUAAGCCCCUUGAGUGGCUAGAAUGCUGCUUUCAGUGAUAAGGCUACAGACACUGCUCCUUGUUUGCUCGUUCUGAUAUUACAAAGGAAGAAGCACUUCUAGCUGCUGGCUCCAGAGUCCAUUUCCUUGGCUGAGAUUUUUGAAAUCCCCUGUGCUUCAAAGUUUUUGUCACUUCCAUUUGAAGGUUACAUCCUCUGAAAAAGUACUUCUGCCAAUGGCAUGAUCUUGACAGAGAUGACAAGGCCUUAAUGAAAUUACCCAAUUUGGCUAGAACUAUAGCUUCCCUCACCCUCUGCAAGAAAUAUAACUCACAUUGUGUAGCCAUGCAAGUGAGAUUGCAUUUAGUUUACAUAAUAUCUCGGCUGGUAUUAUUAUCCUUCACUGCUUUUAUUUUCUAGGCUACUAUUUCUCUGUAGUGCUUAUUUGGCACCAGGGCUGUACUUGCAACUGGACAGGACAUUGCAGUAGAGUGGUCCAGCCUAGCCCCACAGCUCCCCAGGUCUACUGUGGAAGGCCCUCCAAGCCUCUGGACCUGUUGUGGGGGGUGUGGAAGAGCAAUUUUACCCACCAGUGGUGUCUGUUCCACUUGAUCACAGCAUCCUCUUUCUCCCCAACCACAGAUUGUUUGAUGGUUUCCUGACUUUUGUGCAGAUUUUUUUCCAUUUCAGAGUUGAAAUGCCUCCACAAAUAUAUUUUGUAUGUUUUGCUGGUAUAUUUUGUCCUUCACUUUUUGUCUUUCUCUCUUCUCUCUCCCCCAUAAUCUUAUCCAACAUUCAUCCUUUGUCCUGAAAGAUACAACAGCAUGCACAUUUAAAAAAAAAUGCAUUCUGUGUAUUCUGUAUUUCAUCAUGGUGGCCAAUAGUCAGAAAUCUUUUUUGCAGGGUGUGUGUGAAAUGGCUAGUUUGCUUCUUUGUACAAGAAACAAAAGCCCACGUAAGAGUAGCAAACACUCUUUGGUUGGUUUGGGACAGCAGCCCAGUUCAAGUUCAGGGGACUUCAUCUUCAGCCUGAUGCCCAUCAUUUAUGGAUAUUUUAAUACAGAAUAUAAAGUGGAGAAGGACCAUUCAAAAAAUAAAGGCUUUCAUAUUCUUCACUGAUUUUGGAAAUAUGAAAUUAUACUGAAAUAUUUAAUUAAAAUUGGCUAGAUCAACUUUCUGUAAAUAAUAAUGGGUUUAAAGGACACUAAUACACAUGGGCAGAUCAGGGUUGAUUUUUGGCCACCAAGUGUAUUGUGUUUUUGUGAACUCACAUAUUUCAAGUUCUGAGAGGAACAUUUAAAGAGAAUGUAUUUAAUUUGAGGAAGAGAUUAUUAAAGAGGAGACGCGAAAGUAAUUUUGAAAUAGCUGAAAAGGCUGUCAUGCAGAAGAUGGAGCAGAUUUGUUCUCUCUUGCUCCAGAGAGCAGGACAAGAACCAGUGGGUGGAAAUUUUGGGGAAACUGAUUCUAGUUAAACUGUAGGAAUAACUUUGAGACAGUAAGAUUCAACAACAGUGGAACCGUUAGCACUGGGAGGUGGUUGGUUCUCUGCCACUGGAGGCAUUUAAGCACAGGGCCAUCCUCCAGGGAUGCUGUAGCUUUUGAUGAGCAGGGAGUUGGACUAUCUCAUCUCUCAGACCUCAGUCAAAUUCUGCAAUUCACAGCAAUGAGGGAUAGGAAACUUAUAAUAAACUUGGCAUUUUUGUACAUUUAUUUGAGGUCUUAUACUUUGACAUUUAGAUAAUUCUUAUGAAAAGAUAUAUCCCUUUGGUUGAACUGGAGAUUUCAUUCAUGUUUCAUCUAUCAAGAGGGACUCUUAUCUUCAUUGCUUAUACUCUCUUACUUUAGCAACAUUCAUUAAACACUCUCAAGGUAAAAAUUCUAUCUGAACUGUUUAGAUAGCGUAAGAGAUUACUGUUUUGCUUAGCAAGCCUUUUGGUUGGGCUGUAUGUUUGUGUAAUCAGAAGUAAAUCUUUGAGUGUGAUCUCUCUGUCUUGAGGACUUGUGCUGAUUCUUCAUAAUGGCAGUGUUGCCAGUUAAAACAAUCAUGUAGGUAUCCCUGGAUUAGCAGCACUGUAUUCCCUUUUUCUAACAACAUUCUCUAGAGCUUUCUAUUUCUGUAUUCUAAUUAAAGAGUAAUUGCAGGCUGCUGACUGAAGUGAAAAUCAGCCAGCUGCUGUCAUCUGGUUUAAGAGUGCAAUCCUAUGUAACUUUGGGCAGGGAAAAAUGCUGAGACUCCAAGUUUACCGAGGCAAGGGUGUAGGCUUUGUUCCUGUGUGAACUUGUAUAGGAUUGGGCCUUAAGUCAGUAAUAAGUAAAGGAUACUUACAACUUUACAUAAGAUGAAAUUAUUUGCACACACUUCCUCACUGUUCUUGGGCUGCCCUCAAAGAGAAUUCAUGUUCUUAUCCAAAGGAUAACCCUAAAUUCCAUCUCACCAGACAAAUAAUAUUCACAAAUAAAGAGGCCCCCAGGGGAACUGAUUUCCCAUAUGAGCUUGUCCUAUUGAGCCUACCUUCAUUCACAAAUCCUCUUUCCACUUCUUAAAUUAUGCCCUAUCUAUUUAAAGAGGAAAGUAUGCAGGAUCCUCCCCUAGGAGGAUGUGUAUUUGACUUGUGUCUGUCCCGCCAAGUGAGCUUUCCUUGAAGGACAGCUGCACACCUCACAAGUAAACCGUAUCAAUAGCAAAGGCACCUUGGAUUUCUCUCUCUCUCUUCUCCACUGUGUGGCUUUGCCAGGGCCUGGGGAGGAAGGGCCACAGUACCAGCCUAAUCUAUCCAAGUCGGUGGUAAACAUCCUGGAGAAAGAGUUCAGUGUCCUAUCUAAAAAGUGGGAUUAUUUGACCUUGAUAGUCCCUCCAAUCCUAGAGAGCAGCAACAGCAAGAUGCAUAGCUGUCUGGCUGCUUCUUCAUUAGAGAAAUUUAUCUGGCUGACACACAAGAAACAGCAAGAACAAGUCUAAUAAUUGCCUAAGGGCAGAUGGUUCACCUCUGUAGCUAUGACUUAUGCAAAUUCUAGUGCAAUGCCCCACCUUUUUUGAACUCUCUGCUACCACCCCUAGACUUCUGGUGACCUGCUCUCUGAUCAAUUCAGUUCCAUAACCUGUGGGAUGAGUCUUCAGUGUACUGUUCCUUGAACCUAGCCAGACACUUUUCUUCUGGGGGUUACCACUGCUACUUGGAAGGGGAGGGUGCGGUGCAGAUUGCAGGAUCGUAGAUCUGAAAUGAGUCUGUCAGACUCCUGGAUGUUGCUGUCCUAGUGGCCUGAAAUCCUAAUUCCAGAUAAUUUGUAAAGCAAAUCUGGGGGAGGGUCAUAAUUGCAAACAUCUCGUCUUCAUCCUCUUCCCUAAUACCAUUUAGAAGAAAUACUUGUAGAUGUCAUGCAUGCUGUCUCCCCACAACCCCCAUCCCAGGGUUUGUAAACAGCAAGUAAGCAGCCAAUAUUUCUUUGUAAAGCUUUGUAUAUGAUUAAUGUAUUAUUAUGAAUACCAAUCUAAUUCUCUCUAAUUGCUAAUUAGUGUCACUAAAACAAAGCUCUUUGUUGUAUGGAUUCCCAGAUAUUUACAUUUGUUACCUAAGAAUUGGCAUCUCCCAUGUUAUAUUUGAUUUUGCGAGACUGAAUAGAAAACUCUUCCUUGAACACCAGAAAAAAUAAAACAACUAUUUGAAGUCAAAGUACAAUGAUGGUAUUGAACUUUUUUUCCAUAGUGCCAAUAGCCCCACUAUUGUAACAAUGCAAAAAUGAAGAAUAUAUUAUGCUAUAAGCAGUAUUGAAUAUCUGAUCAUUAGACUAUUUGUACUAGCCUGCUUACAUCCCAUGGUGCAAUUUUUAUGCCAGUAUUCCCAUACUUUAAUUUGGUCCUAUUAUUAGUAGUAGUAUUGUUACUUUUAUUUCCUGCUAUUUUCCUUUUGCAUGGAACCCAAUUUCUCCUCCAACUGAGGAAAUAAAUGAAGAUGGCAGUAGCACAAGCUAAUGUAUUGCUGAAAUUUGUGCAACUCAGCUCUUUUAGAUGCAGUCCUGUUUUAAAACAUUUCCAUUGGCCAGAAUUUUGCUAGAUUAUUUUCUUCUGGUGGAAAUGACAGUUUUAGUCAGAAUACUUGCAAUUUUACUUUACAAAUCAAUCCUGUAACAUUGAUAAAACCGAAUUAUGCUAGUGCUUAAACAUUUGUGACACUGCAGGCAGAAGUAAGCUUAUUGACUCCCAGAUAAGUAUGGAUAGGAUUGCAGCCAUAAGGUUAAAUGCCUUCCACUCCAGCAGG